AUGUUCUUCUCCCAAGCUGCUAUUGCUUUGUUUGCUGCUGGCAUCGUCGCCGCGGCUCCAGCUGUUGAGAAGCGUGCGGCUAUUACUGAUGCUGAUAUACUCAACUAUGCCCUGACCCUGGAGCAUCUCGAAGAUACAUUCUACCGCCAAGGCCUCGCCAACUUCACGCAGGAUGACUUCGCCAAAGCUGGUUAUGAUGCCACCUUCUAUGGUAAUAUUCAGAAGGUUUCUACAGACGAGAGUGCUCAUGUCUCCUUCCUAACUUCCGCUUUGAAGGCUGCUGGUGCUACUCCUGUCAGCGCGUGCUCGUACAGCUUCGGAGUGACCGAUGUAGCGAGCUUCUUAGCUACGGCAUCCAUCCUCGAGGGUGUUGGUGUCUCUGCUUAUCUUGGUGCGGCUGCUGAUAUUAUGAGCAAGACCUAUCUCACUGCAGCUGGAUCUAUCUUAACUGUUGAGGCCCGUCACUCCUCCUACCUACGCGCUAAUCUCAAGGAAGCCCCAUUUCCCCAGCCAUUUGACGCCCCUUUGACUCUAGAUGAGGUGUAUUCAUUGGCCUCUGGGUUUAUUAGCUCCUGCCCUUCGAGCAAUCCACGCCUGCCCAUAAAAUCCUUCCCUAGACUACAGCUCGCUCCCGCGACUGCCAUGCCCCUCGCCCCUGGCUCCACGGUUACUCUUCUCACUCCAGGUUACAUUCUAAAGGCAGAUAAAGGAGCCCAAAUCUACGCCGCCUUUAUUGCUGUCACUGGUCCAACUUUUGUUCCUGCUAAGCCUGUCAAUGGUGGCUUCUCUAUUACUAUCCCCAAAGGGUUCGCUGGCCAGACCUACGUUGUCUUGACCACUUGUAAUGAGAGUGUCUCUGAUGACACCACUGCUGCUGGUCCUGCCAUCCUUGAGAACCUGAUUGUCAUCAGCGGCAUCGACAUCAACUCCGUCCUGUUCCCUCUCAACCCGUAUCUCAGCUGGAUUGUCAUAGUGUCCGGAUUGGGAGUCCAUAUGGAAAAGCUUUCUAGUGGCGGCUUAACUCUCGCCGAGGGUGCUUCGUAA